GCCGCACCCUGCCUUUGCUUCUCGUAAAACCCUAACAUCGCUAAACCCUUUCUUUCUCACGACAAGCUUGGAGCAAAAUGGCUCUCAAUUCUUUACUUCGCCGAUCAGCUUCAACAGUUGCACCUCUCACCGCUCGAUUAUUGGGCGGUCAAAGAACGUUCAACCACCACUGCGGUGGCUCUUUGUUCACCGCCGUCAAUCACACUCGGAAGAUCAUUUCUAACAAUUCCUUUUUGGUUCCUUCAGUUUCUCGCUUUUCUUAUUCGGCUUCUCCUGCUCUGAAACGCCCGACUUCUGAUGAGUCGCUCCUUCGAGUUAUCGAAUCUGAGAUCAAAUGCUCGGAAGAGAGCUUCGAGGAGGGUGAAGGGGUUCCGGAUGGCUUCCCGUUUGAACUUAAUGACAAUCCUGGGCAGCAAACAAUAUCCCUGAGCAGAGAAUACCAAGGUGAAACUAUCCAUGUUGAAGUUGAACCAUCUAGCCUUGUUACAGGUCAGGAAGAAGAUGACGAUGAUGAUGAUGAUGAUACUGAAAAAGACAAUCAAUCAAGUCUCCCGAUGAUUGUAAAAGUAUCUAAAACAGGUGGCCCCUGUUUGGAGUUUGGUAUCACUGCUUAUGCUGAUGAGAUUGUUAUUGAUAGCUUGUCAGUCAAAGAUCCAGAAAUGGCUGAUGACCAACUUCCUUACGAAGGACCUAGAUUUGAUGAAUUGGAUGAGAAUCUGCAGAAAGCGUUCCACAAGUAUUUGGAGAUCAGGGGAAUCAAGCCGAGUGCAACCAAUUUUCUGCAUGAGUACAUGGUGAACAAAGAUCACAGAGAGUACACAAACUGGCUUAAGAACCUUAAGAAGUUUGUAGAGGCAUAAAUGGUAUGCUUCAGAUUUUUGAUUUCGCUGGCCCUUUUGGACAAACAAUAGUUGGAUGUUUUGGGUUAUUUUAGAAGUAUUAGACUUGUUGGUUUCUUUAAGUGUCUAAUGAUUCUCAAGUCGUGUAAGCUAACGUGGAAAUCAUAAAUACCUAUUGAUUGUGGCUUUUAUUGCUGCAACUGAAAUGUUGUUUUUACCAUCAAGACACUUUUUUAGGCACUGCUUUCCGCCUUUGCAAGGGAAAACAGCACAUGCCAUAUAGACAGUGUGUAUUGGCAAGUUGCUGUUGAUGGCAUGUGCCAUGGAGCUAGGUUUUGGUCUAUUUUGGUGAAUAAAGUCCUAGUUAUAUAGUCUUUUUUAAUUCUAUUGUAGCAAGAACAAUAUAUAAUUGAUAAGUUUUGUGGU